ACGGAAGGAAAGAAGGUAGGAAGGAAUGAAGGAAGGAAAUGAGGUUGGGAGGAAGAAAGGAAGGAUAUGAGAGAGGCUUGUGCAUGCGCUGUGAAGGGAAGCGAAGGGGAGGGAGAAGGAAGGAAAAUCUUGACGCUUGGGUAGGAACGCGCAGGAUAGGAAGGGAAGGGAAAAGGCCUGGAGGGAAAAGGGAAAAGGGGAAAAGAGAAAAGAGGAAGGAAAAUGGGAAAAUGGAAAAUAAAAAACGUGAAAAUGAAAGGGGAAAAGAAAAAAGAGAAGGGAAAGGGAAGGGAAAAGGAAAUUAAGGAAGGGAAAAUUUGAAAAGAAAAUUGUUGGUUUGUUAUGAAGAGAAGGAUGAGACAGUGAAGAUAACCAGUGUAGUGUGUUGACUGGUGUGUUCUGUGUGUUGGGUGUUGUCCUACUGAUGAUGUGUUGUGUGGGGAAUAGUGUUGCUUGGUUACGAGAGAAGAUUGACAGGGAAGAACCAAUGCAGUGUGUUGUCUGAUGUGUUCUGUGUGUUGUGUGUGUUGGGUGUUGUCGUACUGAUGUGUUGUGUUGUGUGACGAAGUGUUGCUUGGUUACGAGAGAAGGAUGAUAGGGAAGAACCAAUGCAGUGUGUUGUCUGAUGUGUUCUGUGUGUUGGGUGUUGUCGUACUGAUGAUGUGUUGUGUUGCGUGGGGAAGUGUUGCUUGGUUACGAGAGAAGGAUUAUAGGGAAGAACCAAUGCAGUGUGUUGUCUGAUGUAUGUUGUAGUGUGCAUUGUGCAGUGUGUGUUAUAUUGUGUUGGUGGUAGUGUUGAGGCUCACGAGAGAAGGAGAAACACACAACACAGUAAACAACAUCACCAAUACAGUGUUACCAAUCGUGACAUGAAGGCGUUACGUUAUCACGGUGCUUGAGGACGGAGAUCAAGAAAACCAACCUCCCAUUACAGAGGCUACAGUGACACAGACAGAGCACAUUGGCACUCUACAGACGAUACAGUGCCACAAAGAUUAGUGUCACCCAACAAGACAAUAUUGGCACUCUGCGUAGUUACAGUGCCACAAAGGAUAUACAGUCAACCAAUAAGCUAUACAGUGGUACGAGGAUGUUACAGUGACACCCCCAGAGGCUACAAUGCCACGCAAAGAGUACACAGCGACACUACAAAGGUUACAGUGCCACAUUAAAGGUUACAGUGCCACGCAAAAAGUACAGUGUCACCUUACAAGAAAUACAGUGUAACGAAGUUGAUAUAGUGACACUACAAAGGUUACAGUGUCCCAUUAAAGAUUACAGUGCCACGCCAAGACAUCGUAAUGGCACUGUAGCCGGGAUUCAGUGCCACUCCAAAUGCUCCUCACGAAAGAACCAAAGUGACACGAUACAUAUGAUACAGUGACGGGGUACAGUGCCAGGCUACAGAGGUCACAGUGCCAGGAGUAGAGCCACAGUGCCACCCUCCAGAGGUUACAAUGGUACUCUACGUGGCAUGCCGGCAGGAUCUGGGCCCCGAGUGUCCAGAUUGGGCUCGUCGGUGGCACAGCUCAAAUACCCUGGUUCAUAAUACUUACGUGGGGCGCGCUGACCCCCUCACCGGUUCUAGUCCCCCCGAUAGCCCCACUCCGAGUCCCCCUUCCUCUCCUGUCUCCCUCAAACACCCCCACCACCACCACCGCUAUAGUUACCAAGGCAACCUCCCCAUUCACAACCUCCCACCCUCACCCCAAUACAACCCCCACCAAAGCUCCCGCCCCCCUCACAGCUCAACCCUCUCCCCCCCCGACAACCCCCGCCGUAGUCACCAAACUUAUAGCCCCCCGCCUUCAACCCCCCCCGACUACCCCCGCCGCCACCACCGCCACAGCCACCAAACCUCCCUUCCCCCUCACAACCCCCCUCCCUCGCCCCCCGACUACCCCCGCCGCCACAGCCACUGCCAGAAGAAGCCCCAGUGCCCCCCUCGCCGCCGCAACCGUCGCAAAGUUAAAGACGCACCGAAGCAGGGCAAGGGGGCGCUGCUGACCCGGGCCAUCUCCUUCAAGGACAAGUUCGGCCGCCAGCUCGGGGGCAUCAAAUCUCCGAGGCAAGGCGCGAUGGAGAACGCGGGAGGCGAGCCUGCGGUGAGCGGCGAGAGCGUGCAGGACAAGGUGGAGGCCCUGUGGCGGUCACUUAAUUUCAGCAAGUACGUGGUGACGGAGUCCACCUUUUACAUGCUGCCCGGCUGGACCACGGCGGUGCUGGAGGCGGUGUUCGCGCUAAUGGUCAUACUCAAGCCGAAAUUCACUAACCAGAACAGGGACGAUGCCUCUCUGAGCUCCAUUGACUUAAGGACACAAAGCUCAGCCGUGUCGUCGGUCAUCUCAGGCGUGCAUCAGAGCCUGGCGGAGCUGGUGCGGUGGAGUGACCAGCGGCUGCUCUACGAGGACGACACACACAACACCCAGUCGAUUCAGGAUGUGGUCAAGAUGGUAAAGGAAGCCGUCCAGGCAUUGAUUGACCUUGCAGCUGAUAAGGAAAACCUGUACAUAUCAGACUCCAGCAUGUCUCCGUCCACCCUUGACAACAACAACUCAAUAGACAAGUCCCUGGGGUACUACAGCAAUAGGAGUUCAGAAAUAUCAAACCACCGCAACUCCCUUCCCGAGAUCAAGCAGGACUCCCCCAUCGAGCAGAAUAGUCAGUUCCUGCAGACGGGGGACAACCUUGGGAAGCUGAGUCAUUCCCGAAGCUCCGACUCAAUACUCGCUGAGGUGCCGCCCCCCAAACCUGCCCUUCCCAACUGCACUGAUAAAGCCCCACCGCUGCCUCCCAAGAUAAAGCGUCUCAAAGCCAACCUGCAUGAACCCUUUGCCGGACACCCCCACACUUCCAUCACCUCCCCUGUCGGCCACAGCUCAAGGGAAAACUCCUCUGACUGGCUCAACCACAGCCAUGGCCCACACUCCCUCUCUGAAACACUAGAGAGGUGCUCCUUGACCAACUCCUCGGACCAGGUCUCUCCAGCCUCAAGCCAGGAUUCCAUGAACCACCCGCACGAUGACCCGCCGGCCUCCAGGACAAGCUUGGACUCCUCAGGGUCUCUGUACGACCGCUCAGAAGUGGACUCGGACUUCAACAAGAAGCUCUCCAACACGAGCUUUGAUGCACUCGCCAUCACUCGGGGGGACGCCAACUCAAUCCAGAAAUUUAGUUCCAGCAGCAGCAGGUAUUUUGAGAGUGAUGAAGGCAACUCUGAAGGCAACAGUCUUUCCUGCCCCCACAGUCAGCUCAGCAAGAGGACCUGUGAGAGUUCGUCUGUCACGGUGCUUCACUCGUCCAAGAUCACAUGUACCCAACAUACGUUCCGUUCCACCACCACCACCACCACCCGCUCCUCCACCUCCUCCUCCACCUCCUCCUCCUCCAGUGCCAGUGAGCUGGGCUUGCUGUGGUCACAAACAUCGUACUAUAUUCUUGGCUGUCUUUUUUGGAGUGGUCGGCUGCUGCCCUGUGGCGUCCCAUCACUGCCCGUCCUCAUUACUAGAACGCAGGGAGACAAAUAUGAUGGCAGUGACAGAUCAGCCUCGUCUCUACGAGUGCAGGACAGACAGAGGUUCCCGCCCAGCCGGGCCUUCUCCACCUACGACAACCUGGACCAAGGGAGCUUCGGGGACAGCCACGUGCAGGAUGAGGGACCAAGCCCCAAGGUGCCACCCAAGACACGAAAAAUUUGCAGCAGCAGCAGCAGCAGCAUAAGUAGUGGCUAUGAGACUCGGGGAAUGAGUGUGGUGAGCAGCAGCAGCCAAAGCUCCUGUAGCCAGGAGAACAGCACCAUGGUACAUAUGCGUCGAGUUUUCACCGUAGCAGGCGAUGAUAAUCCGCCUCCACUGCCGGAGAAGAAGAAGCACGUCCAUGACUACAUGCGGCUGUUUGGGCAGGUGGCUGAACCCAACCCUAAUGAGCUGCUGCGCCACUCUGUGCACCAGAUCCACCUGGACAGGGAGGCGCACUACACCGACAAUGACCAUGAGCAGGAGUUAUUCAGGUUAAUUCACGUUACGGAUGACAAGCUGGCCAUGCGCCCUGCGCUGCCCCCAAAGAAACGGACCCACAAGAUUUUGACGCGGCAGUCCUCGCCGCCCUCGUCUCAACACUCAACAGAACUAGCUACAAACAUCAGUGUCACGCAAGAUAAUUCUCUAGUGUUAGCUGAGAACAACACCUACCGCAAAUCAACAGAGGAGAAGGAGGAGCCUGAGGAAGUGAUAAUCAAGGACCAGUCUGUCGAGGUGGAGCGACACAACGACAUGGACAAGAAGAAGGAGGUGGAGGAGGAGGAGGAUGAGGAGGGUUUGCUGGACCUGCUUGAUGUGAGAGAGUAUUUGAUACUAAAGAAGGAGGGAGAGGAAGGUCCAGAAAUCCGAGGCGGCCCUGUUGACGCCCUCAUCGUACACGCAUCCAAAGCUAAUAAGAACGAUCUCCCAUACCAAGAGGCGUUCCUGACAACCUACCGAACCUUCAUCUCUCCCGAUGAGCUUGUUGACAAGUUACUGAAACGCUACAACAAGUUCAUCAGCAACCCAGACAUAGAGAAGCAGAAGGCAGCCCGCAAUGCCUUUGCCCUUCUGGUGCGUGUCGUGGAUGACCUCACCGUCACUGACCUGUCCACUGAAAUGCUAAAAACGGUGACAGACUUUGAGUACGGUCUGCUGUGUCGUGGGGAGCUGCUCCAGGCUCGGUUCCUCAGGAUGAAGAUUGUAGAAAAGUUUGAUGCUAAGAAGAAGCAUAAUGCAUCAAAAGAAAAUUACAGUCCAGCUUCUUUAAGUGUCUCAACAAGAAAUGUUUCUCUCCUUGACUUUAAAGCCCAAGAGAUUGCCGAGCAGAUGACACUCUUAGAUGCAGAGCUCUUCCUCAUGAUGGAGAUCCCUGAGGUGCUGCUCUGGUCUCGAGAACAGAAUGAGGAAAAAGCUCCCAACCUGACCAGGUUCACUGAGCACUUCAACAAGAUGUCCUUCUGGGCACGUACUCGCAUCCUUGAGCAAGAGGAAGAGAAAAUCCGAGAGAAGUACGUCUUAAGGUUCACUAAAAUCAUGAAAUACCUCCGCAAAUUUAACAACUUCAAUUCGUACUUAGCCCUCCUGUCCGCCCUCGACUCUGCCCCAGUUCGGCGGCUGGAGUGGCAGAAGAACAUCACAGAUGGCCUCAAGGAGUACUGUUUACUCAUAGACUCGUCCUGCUCCUUCCGGGCAUACAGACAAGCACUUUCAGACUCCUCCCCGCCCUGCAUACCCUACAUUGGGCUGAUCCUUCAAGACCUGACAUUCGUUAAUAUUGGAAACAAUGAUUUGCUUCCUGACAGUAAUGUCAACUUCUCAAAGCGAUGGCAACAGUUCAACAUACUGCAGGAGAAUAUGAAGAGAUUCAAAAAUUGCUCGUACAACUACAAAAAGAACGAGAAGAUCAUCUCCUUCCUAAAUAACUUUGACAACUACCGUAACGAGGAGGCGCUCUGGAGCAUCUCUGAGAGCAUCAAGCCACGGGGGGGCAAGAAGAAGUGAAUGCCAGACUCAGCAACUCCUUGGGGGGAUUGGAAGGCUCUGGAGAGGAGAUAUUGGUCAUCUGAUGUCAUCACAAACAAGACAAGGCAAUAUAUACUGUGAAGGGAAUAACCUGUUGUACAGGUAAAUGUUAAGGACUAUGUUUGGCUACAGUGAAAAUAACGUUACUCUGUCAACAGCAGAUGUCGCGUUAAGGGUAAAGAUGAAGGUAAUUAAAAAUAACAUUGGCACGGACACAGUUUUGCCCAGGCGGUGCCAGCUGCACAUCUCACAGCCUCACCUCCAGGGCUUGAAGGCUGCAACAGUCUCUGCCAGUAUAUGAAAUACUGAAGAUUGCUUUGUGAUGCAAAGACAAUUGACAAUGUUAUCUCUGUGACGUAUCCUAAAGCUUGUUUCUCAACAUUCUGGUACUGUUUAGUACACAGCCAAUCAUUAAUACAAUGUUAAACUAAUAUUAAUCAGUUUCAGACAACCAUGCAUCAGGUGAAUUAUUUAUUACACAUUGGUUGCUCUGCCAUUUAAAUUAAAUUUCAUCAGGAAUAUUUAAAAAGUUAGGGCAUUGGUAGCCUAGCUUCAAGUCACAAAUUCUGUAUAUAAGCUGUGCCUAACAUGGCCCGGCAUACACAGAAGUGCAGUCAUAACCAGUUAGGACCAGCAACGAUGUUACCUCACACAGUGGAAAUCCUUUUAAUCAGACAGACAGCACACGACCUGAUAUGUCGAGGCAAGUCCUGUAAAUGAGGCAGCCAACAGCCGCAGCCACUUCUCUUGGUUUCUGAACUCUAGCUGGAAGGAAACUGUUCCCUGAGAAGUGCAGAUUACUGUCAAAUACAGUGACCACACUAACCUUCCCUGCCAGCCUUUGAGGGAGGCUGUGAGGUGGGAGAAGCCUUGCCUCUGGUCUAGCGUUGCUUGGCCGUGGCCGGAUGUGGUCACUGCCACACUGCGAAGGUUUUGUGGAGUCUGGAUGAAAGAGUUUCCAUUAUAUUGUGCUUGUCAUUUGUGUUAUGCUGGUAAUUAACAAGUCAUUAAAACUGUACUGACACACAUUAAGUGUAACUUGACUCAUGGUGCAAAGACUCUUCUUAACAAAGAUGUGUUUUGUUGUGUUGCCAUUGCAUUGCAGCAACAUAACACAACACAACACUUAUGUGAAUAUAUUUGUGUAGGCAACUCUAGAGUUGACUCCACUUCAUCUCUUUGUGAGGGAUGAGAAAAUAUUUGUAUGCCAAAAGAAUUACUAAUUGUGUGUACAUAUACAUGUGUAUCCCAGUCCAGUGUGCAGUGUCCUGUGAAUGAGAGUAAAGCAUCAGAAUGGUGCUCUCUACGAAGGCCAUAAUGGCUAGUCUUGUGUAUUGAAUUAAUUAUGAUUAAGUAUGCAAGUGGAACACAAGAAGUGUGUGUGUGUGUAUACAGCAGCCAAGUAUUUAUGAGCUGCCACAAAAAAUCAAACCUUACAGUAUGUUAGGAAAUAAUUUGUAAAUAGUUGUAUAGAAAAAACAAUUAUAUUGCAUUGUUUCUACAAUCACUAUUUUAGUUACAAAAUGUCACUUUCUUUAAAAAGUUAACCAGCAGCAAAUACUUUCAUAGUGAGUCACUUGAUGUAGCAGAGAUUUCCCAUACUCCAGAUGUAAACCUUAGCAAGCCAAAGAGGCAGUCAGAUGGCUGCAUAUAUAUGAAUCCAAAGAUAUAUUACUGCUUGUGAGUGGAUGAAGGAAUCAUCCAUCUGUAAAUGCUGCUGAACUAGGGCAAGCUGCACCAGUAGCAUUUACAUUAUUUUUGGAGUCAUACGAGAAGCCUGGUCUUUGGCUUCACUCGUGAGAGCAGCCGUGGUUAUGUGGACAAACAGUCAAUCAUUCAGCGUGUUCUCUACUGAAUGACGUGUACGUCAUGAAUCACACCAACUAAUUGCCGUUUAUGCUUAUAAUUCAGUCUGCAUUUCAGGUUAUGGUUGACAGGUCACAUCACAAGCCAGUUAUAGUGUCAUAUUCCUCAUCAUCAUACAAGCAUCAUCUCAUUUCUUUUCAUCACCAUUACAUUGUCAACAUCAGCACCAAAGAGUGCUUGCAAGGUCACAAGGUGUCUGUCUUUAUAAAGGUCCCCACUCCACCAUCCACCUGCUGUUGUCAGGCAAGUCCUAAGGGUGGCAAAUAUGCCAGUAUUACCUUAUCGUGCUGUAGCUAAAUAAUCUGGCGGGUGUUCAGUGCAUCAUUUGAGAUUCUUGACAUGAAGGAAACUAGUCAUCAAAAGUUUAUUGUCUAAUUUGUAAUUAUGUCAUUACUACAGUCUUGCUUGGAAGAGGAGGAAUGUAAGUGCAGGAAGUUGCCUUGCCACAGCCAGGUUCCUCUACUAGGCAAUGCAUUCACUACUCGCAUCUUCAUAUCACUCCACAAAAAAAUAGACGCAUCAAUAUUUUUGUCUUACUUUAUCAAAAUUCCUACACAGAUUUUGUUUCUUUCGUCGUCUCUUUUGCUGCUUUAUGAGGUCACCGUGGACCGCUGCUGUGUGUGAGCUUAACCCUGGGUGAUGCAGGGCUCAACUACCAUGAGCUUGUGAAACCAGUUAUGAAAUAUUGUGACAUAAAACAAGAAUAUAUAUAAAUAUAUAUAUACAUAUAAAACUGUCUUCACUACUCAGAUGAUUUCUUCAAGCUUAUAUUUUUAUCUGCUUUGUCAGGGAUAGUCAAGAAAAUAUGAACCAAAAUUUGAAGUACUAACACAUGGACUAAAAUGCUUCAUAUGCUGUUCCAUUGCCUGGAUUGUAGGUCCAAGUAGCCCAAGACUCACCACCAGCACAGUGGUAAUGUAGCAAUAUGCCUGGUUAGACGUGGACAGGCUAUGCAGGAGUGUAAUACUGUGUAGCAAACAGUACAAUGAAACACCUUUCCGAGCCCCAUUUGUUUACACAGGUGUGGCACAGCAGUAUUUCUAAGCUAGUGAAGUGUUUGUAAUGGACUAACUGUGUAAUAUGCCUGGUAACACAAAUGUUUAGUUACAGUUUGUAAAUUCUUUUCACAAAACUGUAUGUACAGUGGGGAACUACACCAGACAUCGAAUGCUGGGUACAGUUACCACACAACGCAACAUAUUAUUUUUAUAUUAUUAUUAUUGUUGUCAAUCGUUUUGUGCACCUCAUUUUGUAUGUAUCAUGUAUAUAAAGAUUACUACUAUUUUUUGUGCUGCAUGAUAUGUACGACCCUUGCAAUGGUUCUGUAGGGUUAAGGCGGUGUCACAAGAAGGCCACUCACCUGCCCCGUGUGUUGGUGUGGCCACAGACAGGGCCGCAGCACGGGCCGGGGGUGGCCUGUUAAGGUGGUGUCACAAGAAGGCCACUCACCCGUUGUGUGUUGCUGUGCUCACAGCGGGGAGUGGCUGGGGUGCAAUGGAGGUGUGUGCACCUCAACGUGGACGUUUCUGGGGUGCAACAGCCGGUGUAGACAAUUCUCCUCUGAGGGUUACGAAGGAGGAAUUAGAGGCUGUCCAAACACAGCCCCUGUUCUAGUCAUUCUAGUAAGUCAUUGCACAUUAAGAUAUUAUUUAACUUUGGACUGUUUUUUUUUCAAAUUAGUGAUUAUUUAAUCUUGCAUAAUGAGUUGCUAUAAGUUAAUGGUUUGUAUUGUCAAACAGUUUUAUACAUUAAAGGAAAUUUAUAUGCC